GGAGAGAGACCUGUGUCGUUCACACACAGGUCUCUCCCCUGUCAGUGUGUUAUUCGGCGAUUGCCAGGUGCUGCACACUGCAGCCAUCCUGAUCAGUGUGCUUACAGUGAAGAACACCCCCCCCCCCCCCGUCCCCUAGUAAAACACUCCCAGCACACAGUUAACCCUUUGAUCACCCCUCACAUGAAUCCCUUCCUGCCAAAUGCCAUUAUUACAGUGUCAGUGCUUUUUGUUUAGCACUGAUCACUGUAUUGGUGUCACUGGGCUAUCAGUGACACCAAGUUAGUUCCCCCCCAGUGUCAGAAUGUCCGCCACAGUCCCGC